CUUCCGAUUUCUUCUCUUCCUUGUAUUCUCCAAUCUCUAUUCCCUUUUUAUCGAAAUUACGAUAAAAAUCAAGAAAAUUAAUUAUAAUAAAUUUGUGAAAAUGAAAGUUGGCUAUUUUAAAUUUUAUUUUACGAUUCGUUGGAAAAUAUUCAAAUGUUAAAAACAAAAUGCAAAAUUACCGAAGAAACAUACGACGAUGAUAUUUGCAGCAUUAUCUUGCAAAUAAUACUUGAUGUUGUGAAUUGCGACAUUUAACGUGACGUAAUAAAAACGUGAUGUAAAUUGAUAAAGUACAAUUUUAUAUACGAUAUAUUCGUUUUACGAAAUAACGAAUUAAUGCGAUACAUAAGCGGAUAGAUUCUAUUCCAGUAUACAUUUUUUCCUCUCCUUAAUAGUUUUGAAUUACGCAAGAUAAAAUAGUGUGUCAUACUUCGGACGCGAAGUAGAUUGAAAAUCAUUCGAGAAACAACGCACGAGAUAAAAAUUCUCUCUUACAACGGUUGUCCGUUUCAUUGAGCCACGCGCUCUGACGUAAGGAUACGCCAUCCAACGAAUCACUAUACAACACACAUACAUACACACGCAUACAUAUAUAUAUAUACACAACACACAUACAUACACACACACACACACACACACAACACACACAUCGGUGGCAUACAGUCGCCAGACAUUCGCAGUGUGUCUUCAGAAAUCCAUUUAUUCUCAUAAGAAAUCGUGUACUUCGCCAAUGGCAGAAAAUUUACGAGAAGGUCUUCUUCUGGGUAUGGGAAAUCCUCUGCUUGAUAUAUCUGCGACUGUAGACAAAAAUUUUCUGGAGAAGUAUGACUUAAAAGCCAACGAUGCUAUUCUUGCGGAGGAAAAACAUAAAUCUCUAUACGAUGAGUUAAUCAACCUGUAUAAUGCCAAUUUUAUUGCUGGUGGUUCUGUACAGAAUACAAUGCGAGUAACACAAUGGUUCUUGAAAAAAUCAAAAGUUGCCAGUUACAUGGGUUGUGUAGGUAAUGACAAGUAUUCCAAAAUAUUGGAAGAACGAGCUCUUACAAAUGGCUUAAAUGUUUGCUAUCAAUAUACGGAUAAGGAACCAACUGGGACUUGUGCCGUUCUUAUCACAGGAAAGGAAAGAUCUCUAUGUGCUAAUUUAGCAGCUGCAAAUUGUUUCUCAACAUCGCACAUAGAAGUACCGGAAAACAAGAAACUUAUAGAAAAUGCAGAAUAUAUUUAUAUUUCUGGGUUUUUCUUAACCGUUAAUCCAGAAGUAAUUCAAAUAGUGGCUAAGCAUGCAUAUGAAAACAAUAAAAUGUUUAUGAUGAAUCUCAGUGCACCAUUUAUACCCGACGUUUUUAAAAAACCAUUAGGAGAUGUUCUUCCUUAUGUAGAUAUUUUAUUUGGUAAUGAAGCAGAGGCAGAUGUAUUUGCAAAAGUCCAUGAUUUUAAGACUACAGACAGAAAGGAGAUAGCGUUAAAGAUAUCUCGUAUGGAGAAGAUAAAUAAAAAAAGGAACAGAAUCGUCAUAAUUACACAAGGUUCUGGACCAAUUCUUUUAGUUAAAGACAACAUAGUGAGAGAAUAUCCUACUACGAAAAUCCCAGAAGAAAAUGUAAUUGAUACUAAUGGUGCUGGGGAUGCAUUUGUAGGAGGUUUUUUGGCACAACUGAUUCAAGGGAAAGAUAUAGAAAUAUGUAUAAAAUGUGGUAUUUGGGCUGCCACACAAAUUGUACAAACUUCUGGAUGUACUUACAAUGGCAAACCUGACUUUAAACUUUGAUUAAAAAUAGAUUUAUUAGCAAUUGUAAAUCCAGUACUUAAAUAAAUACCUUAAUAACUAUAUUA